AUGUGUGAGUUUGAGACGAAGACGCCUGACGAUGAGUUUGCAUCGGCAUUUGACGAUCUGGAUAUUGACGCAAUUCCUCUCUUUCAAACAGAUUUUGUAAACGAUGUCGAUCUUGAUUUCCUGCUUAUGGGUUGUGAAACUCAGUCGUCGAAUAACGAUAUCAAAGACGGAAACUUCACUAGAAAGAACAGCACUUUGGCUAGUCUUUUGAAACCACAUCCAUCAUGCGGUUAUGUACCACCUGCUCCUCAAAUCCAUAUGGAGAGCAAUAGCGUAAUCGAACCAGGAACCUACAAACCUCCCCAAGUCAACCUUCAAGAAUAUGAAAAACACCCUCAACUAAAAAACGCACUAAUUCAGGAGAAAUCCCUUGCCUUUUCUUCCCAAAGUGCUGGAAUUGAUAGCGUUGAUGGUCCUUUUUGCGCCAGCAGUCAUCCUGGGCAUUCAUUCAAUGAUACUUUACCGAUUGCGAUAAAUCAAUUGAAUACUACAAACUAUCAGCAUACGCGUGCGGAACCUCAGGCGGAAGGGUGUAAUUUGUCACAGCAAAGCGAUGAUGUCAAGUCAAUCCGACGCUCGCCUCACAACGCCAUUGAAAGACGUUAUCGUCAAAGCAUCAAUGGAAAAAUAAACGAGUUGCGCGAAAUUCUGAACGCAAGUUCUGGGGACGACACGAAGACCAACAAGUCUGCUGUCCUUCGUCGGGCCAUCGAUCGAAUCCGAUAUCUUGAAAAGGAAAAUGAGUGUCUUAGAAUUCAACUCAGUAUGUAUGAGAAUGGCUAUGCUGUAGUCAACGCAGAUGCUCAUCUGUUUCAACAAGCCUGCCCCUCAGACGCGAAGGUGGGAGCCUUUUAUGCGCCCGGUGAUAGAUCCACAGACGAUGGCCCCAUCCAACUUCCAUGUCAAUCACUUAUAAUGGCUUCUGAUGGCUUUGGGAGACCUUCACCAAUAUGCAACCCUGCUGAUGUUACCUAUUCCAAUGCCAGUAGCACUAGUGUCAACGGCUCCAAUGGCUGUCAAGCCCAAAUUCCAUCGAGUAACGAAAGCGAAAGCAAUUUCACCCGCUUAAGCCUUUUCUGGGGUUCAUUCUCUCUUCUCAUGUUCAAUCCUUUCGUCAUCUCGUCUAGUGGUGACGCGAACCGUGAAGGUGCUCACCCCACCGGGAUGCCUAUUCUUCGUUUGUUGUCUGCAAUAUCUCUAAGCUUUCGACAUUCCAAAGAAAGCGGUGGUACAAGCUCAGCCUUGAGCCCCUUGUUCCUCUCGUUUUUGUAUGCCGCUCAGUGGGUUGUGGCUAUCCUCCUUCUUCUCUUUGCAUGUCCUCGUAAUUUUGGUUCAAUUCUACCGAGCUUUCUUACCUGGGGAUGCGGAAAACGAAUUCAAGGAGUUGUCAGCAAACUUCCUGGUGGACGAGUUGCUCUAAUGCAUUGGAAGCAGUCCCAUGAGUAUACCAAAAAAAAAGCUUGGGUCGAAGCUGGAAGUCAGUUAAAGGAGUCUCUAACAGUACUCGGUGCGUCUCCAUCCAUUGGCAACGGCCUCAUAUCCGCCUUUUGCGCACGCGCAAGUGCCUACGUUGAGGGCCUCAGAUUCGCCAUAUAUCGUCUGCCGCAAUUCUUCUGGCCUUUGAUCCGCAAGUAUCCCAUUCCCCGAGCGUCUCAUUUAUCUCAGUCUGAUGCGCCAACAGUGUCCCAAUUAAGGCGGCAGCUGCUUGAUCUCAAAUUUCUUGAUCUCAUUCAUCUAUCAAAUAAUGACCCGGUGACUCAAGAGUGCCCAGUUGUUUCUGAGAUGUCCGGUCGCGAGUGCCUCCAUGUUGUGCAUCUGAUGUUUGCCUGUCUCAACGACUUUGUUGUUGGCUGGAGCUCAGCGCACAGGGGCAGAUCUGUCGAUCUGGCCGAACUGACCCGUCUGGGUCUCGUUCUGGCUCUCUCCGCCAAACGCUUCUUCGGCGUGAAUUGGCUUGGGGACUUGCUGCUGCGAGCGACGCAGCGCAUAGCCGGCAACCUGAAUGAUGGCUCCAUUUGUCUCGGUCCCGAAGACGGACCCAUAAUGGCUAUGCUACUUGCCCUCUUCUCCAACGAGUUCUGUCAGAAACACAAAGUAGAGGGAAAGGGUACUGUCUACAACUCAUUUCUGAAAAUCCAGUUACAGAAGCCAAAUGGUUCGCCUUCGAAGUCAUUGGUUGUUGACGAAGUUAACUACGAUCUUUGUGAGAUAUUCAUCACUAGGGCUCUCGAGGUAUUAUUCCCUCUUAUAACAGUGUUUACCCCAAAGCAAAUGAAUGAACUUUGA